AUGGCAAUGACAGGGCUGAGCCGAAAACAGGGCUCUCUGGUGGCCUACCAGGCUGCAUGUGCCUGCUCGGGUGUGAAGGUCAUGACCUACGGUGGGCCGAUGCAGAUUACAAACUGUCACUGCGACGCCUGCCAUGCUGCGACGGGCCACUCCUACGCGAUCUGGGCUGCCUACCCCUUGUCUCGGACUCUCCUCAUAGUGAACAGCCCUAUCCGUUCCUUCCGCAUCAGCGAGAAUGGUGCUGACCGUUUCUUCUGCGGCCGUUGUGGCUGCAGUGUGGCCAUGCAGUACCACCCAAACUCUGUAUGGCCGGAAUACCACACCGUGUGGCUGGCGCGACACUUUGCAGAGUUGACAGGAGGCUGUGAUGAGGUCCACAUCUUCCGAGAGGACGAGCCCAUGGACAGCGCGCCGCUGCCCACCACCGAG